UAGCCUAUGUCAGCACCAUUUUCCAGAGAACUAAACUUCUGUUGAAUGAGAAGGAUAUCUUACACCAUGGAUGGAUUCUGCCUUCUCUAUCUGCUCCUGAUCCUCUUGAUGAGAUCUGGUGAUGUAGAGACCAAUCCAGGUCCUGACACUGCAGAAAGUACUGUCAGUGAUAUGGAGUUCCUGAAGCUGGCCCAUGCUAUCCCUCCAUCUUACUACGAUGCUGUAGGGAUAUCUCUAGGGAUCCCCUCAGCUCAGAUACAGGCAAUCCUGAUUCAGAUGUCGAAUAACUAUUCCAAUGCAUUUUUGCGAGUAUUCAUGAAAUGGAAGGUCAAGCAGCAACCUCCACAUUCAAACAGACGACAGCUUUUGGCAGAUGCACUUCGAGAGAUUGACUUGGGUGGCUUAUCGGACAGAUUACUCAAUGAACCUCUAACUCCCAACAGCACAGGAGGGCCAUCAAGACUGCUCGAAUCACAGACCAAACCUUCUUCAGCUGAAUCUCAGACCAAACCACUUUCUCCUGAACUGGUUGAGCGGUGUGCAAAUGAUUUCAAGUUCAAGUAUAGGUCAACUCUCUGUAAGAUCAGAGCUGAUCCUCUCAAUCCUGCUUCCAUUGUGCAGUUUAACGACAUGUAUACUAAUCUCGUCUUACUAAAAGAACAUGGAACAGAGAAGCGAGUGCUAGAUUACAAUGAUAUCCUUGAUCUCAAAGUCAAUGGAGAGUUGCCCAAGCGGAUCAUGGUUCAGGGAGAGGCAGGGGCUGGAAAAACAACAUUUUGUGCUAAGAUUGCCUGGGACUGGGUUGAAGGGAGGCAUUUCAGUCACUUUGUAUGGGUCUUGAUAGUUCCUCUACGUGAAUUUAAGCACCACACUAUUGGCGAGAUUGCAAAGUCUUAUCUGGCCAAAAACAAUCCAGCAACGGUUUCUCAGAUUACUGAGUAUAUCCGGUCGAAUCCUGACAAGGUAUUCAUCGCAUUCGAUGGGCUAGAUGAAGUCAGUGGAAAAAUCAUGAAGACAAAAUCUUGUGAAAAACAGCCUACUGAUCAAAUGCAACUUAAGUCAUCACAGCCAAGUAUCACCCCCUCAGAGGCAUGUGGAAGCUCAUCUGAGACUGGUGAUAUUGGACUUGUAGAGAUUCUUUGUUCAGAUCAACUUGCCUCUUGCCCAGUCUUGGUGACAACUCGCCCAUGGAGAGCAGUAGAGAUUAGAUCAGAUGGUGAUCUAAUGAAGCUCUACACAUUCAUUCAUGUUGAGGGUUUCAACAGAGACAAUUUGUCAGAUUACAUUCACAAAUACUUUCCAAAGAAAGAAGAUAAAGAAAAGGCAAUUCAGCUUAUCCAGUUCACCAGUGAGAAUGAUGUCAUAUCUGAAAACAUGGCCCACUAUCCUAUAUAUGUAGCCAUGUUGUGUCUUAUGUGGAAAAAGCUUGAUGAGCAAAAAUUAAGGGAAAUGAAAUCACUGAAAUCUUUUUCUCAGAUAUUCCAAAAAAUGAUUGCCUUUCUAAAAGAACAUUAUGCUCAGAAAACGGAGAAGAAAGUAGGCAGCCGCUUAUUUCUUUCUUAUUUGAAAAAAAUUGAUGAGCUCCUUGGACCAAUUGCUAAACAGGCCCUCAAAGGUCUGCUAGAAAAUACCUUGAUUUUCGAUGAAGAUGAUUUCGGAAUAUGCCCAGAAUCCAAGGACACUGCCUGUCGGGUUGGGAUUUUGUCUCAGGAGGAGAGAAUUACCAUUAGCAUCGACAUACAUGAGAGGAAUUCUCAUGUGCAAUUGCCAGUCUUCUUCCCUCACAAACUGUUUCAGGAGUACAUGUCUGGAGUCCAUCUUGCUUCCCUGUAUGAAUCAGAUCGUAGUGAAUUCAACAUGCUGAUUGAACAAGUAGUGCUGCCAAGGAAGGAGGAGUUUAGGUAUCUCCUGUACUUCACUGUGUCACAAAACAAAAGUAUUGCAACCCACGUUCUGAACUCUAUGCUUCAGGGACUAGAUGUAGGUAGAGAGUUACCUUUCAUUGUUGAUUCAACCUAUGGGAUUGUAAAAGGUGGAGAGUUAUCUUUCAUUGUUGAUGUAGCCUUUGAGAGUCAGGACCUAGAUGUGGCAGCCUUGGUGAAGGACAGGGUUUCAUCAAAGGAAAUUGCACUGACCAUAUCCGAUGGCAUGACAGCCCACACUGUAGCUGGUUAUGCUUUCAUAGGACCACAUGUGGUGACACUUCAGAUUGAGAGAGAUUGUGGACCUACUAUGUCACUUGAUCUGGCAGAGAUAAUAUGCUCCAUGCCAUCCUUGAAGGAACUUUCUCUAGGAGAUGAAUUCUGUGGCCAUCAAUGUUUUUUUGAAACACUUGCAAUGAAAGGAAAAGAAUCAAAGGUGCAGACUCUCAAGUUUUAUGGUCUCCAUUGUCCCACACCAGCCGAAUCACAUCUCCUAGCAGAAGCACUGUGUUCUAUGCCCAACCUGACUAACCUGACACUUGGAGGGGUUCUCCAUGAGGAGUUCUACUCUACAUUGAAAGCAAAGGCAUCAUCCAUACAGGGUUGUUUUCCUCAGAUCAGGAAGGGAAACUUCAGGUUGAAUGAUGUUACUCAAGAUGACUUGAACUCAUUUCUUCACACCCUCUCAAGUCUUUAUUUCAGGUACGUUUCUACCUACCAUGCCACUAUGUCAAGUUCUGCUCCAUCUCCUAACCCUCCAGUCUCGAGACAUCAUCAACCUGCCAUGUCUGCAGGGUACCUUUCACCAACACAGUAUCCACAACCGGUUCCUGAGAGCACAGGUGCGACACAUACCAUCAUGCCUUGGUCAAGUCAGGAUCGCGACACUCAAUCCUACCAUGCCUCUACAUCCAGCACUGCUUUGUUGUCUAACCCUCCAGUCUCUGGAUAUCAUCAACCUGCCAUGCCGAGAUGGCACAUGUCAGAUACACCAUUUCAACCAAUGAUUGAAGAGCGGUCAGGAUCUAGCCAACCUCAGCCUAGUCAGAUUUCCUCCACUACAGGAUUCCAUUCAGCUUCCCGUUAUCCACCAAAUGUAUGGGAAAGAACAAGUAGACCAGGGUCUUCCAGUCAGGUUUCACAUUCCACUAACUUUUUGUCCCCAAUCCAAAGUACAAGCAGUACUGGUAGAGACCACCCUAAACAGCAGCCCAUGGCCGAUGUAAACUAUCCAAGAAGGACAUUACCACCACCAGAACACCCUCAACAGCAACCCAUGGGUGAUGUACACCCUUCAAGAAGGACAUUACCACCAUCAGACCACUGUCAACAGCAACCAAUUGGUGAUGUACACUAUCCAAGUACAUUACCACCAUCAAACCACUGUCAACAGCAACCCAUGGGUGUUGUACACUAUCCAAGAAGGACAUUACCACCAUCAGACCACCCUCAACAGCAACCCAUGGGUGUUGUACACUAUCCAAGAAGGACAUUACCACCAUCGGACCACCCUCAACAACAACCAAUUCGUGAUGUACACUAUCAGAGAAGGACAUUACCACCAUCAGACCACCCUCAACAACAACCAAUUCGUGAUGUACACUAUCAGAGAAGGACAUUACCACCAUCAGACCACCCUCAACAACAACCAAUUCGUGAUGUACACUAUCAGAGAAGGACAUUAACAUCAUCAGACCACCCUCAACAGCAUCACAUGGGUGAUGUACACUAUCUAAGAAACACAUUACCACCAUCAGACCACCCUAAAGAGCAACACAUGGGUGAUGUACACUAUCCAAGAAGGACAUUACCACAGCCAGACCACUCUCAACAGCAACCCACGGGUAAUGUUACUGAUGUACACUAUCCAAGAAGGACAUUACCACCAUCAGACCACCCUCAACAGCAUCACAUGGAUGAUGUACACUAUCCAAGAAGGACAUUACCACCAUCAGACCACCCUCAACAGCAUCACAUGGAUGAUGUACACUAUCCAAGAAGGACAUUACCACCAUCAUACCACCUUCAACAGCAACCCACGGGUGAUGUACACUCUCCAAGAAGGACAUUACCAUCAUCAGACCACCCUCAACAGCGACCCAUGGGUGAUGUAAACUAUCCAAGAAGUACAUUUCCAUCAUCAGACCACCCUCAACAGCAACCCAUGGGUGAUGUACACUAUCCAAGAAGGUCAUUACCACUAUCAGACCACCCUCAACAGCAACCCAUGGGUGAUAUACACUAUCCAAGAAGGACAUUACCACCAUCAGACCACCCUCAACAGCAUGUUGGCAAUUCACCAGAUACUGUAUUUCAAUUCUCUCAGAGACACAGAGAGGGUAGCAGUAGCUUGAGCAGGCCUUACAAGAGGCAAGCUACUUGUACUCGGUCAAGAGUUCCACAGGAUGAUCCUGAAAUACCAGAGAAGCAAUCAAAGUAUAAAGUCUAGUUGCUUUGGUAUCAGUAGAGUAAGACAGUGUCCCACUGGUAACACUUCAUCUUGAAUGUGUGUAUGUAUGAUACAGGGAUCCACACUAACUUUUAUUUGGAAAAUAGGUUUAAAUUAAACUUGUUACAGUCUGUAUGCAUUAGCCCUAUGUAAAAACUUGCACAUUCUGGGGGUCUGGACCUAGAUUUUGGGCGUCCAUGUGUCUCGGAUAGCCUGUUAGCUUUAAGUCCUGGGACCCGUUUCACAAAGCCUUUUUUCAGUGACAAAUGACUAAAAUCAGUUACAAAUCUGCUGAUAAUUAACCAAACAGAAGCAAGGAUUUCACUAGCUUAUUAGUAAAACUGUCAUUUGUUACUGACGACAAGUGUUGUGAAAUGAGGCCCUGGUGUUAGAAUAACCAUUUCAAGAGAAAGGGAUCAUAAUAUUGUAACAAUGUUUUGUGACUGUGUAAUAAGCCCAAAACAGAGUUGCAUCAAGAGCCCAUUGUGUACCUGUUAAUGCAGAAAGGGGUUGUGUGGAAAUGUUUUUUGAAAAUACUCUACAUAGGGGGUCGUUUUUUACCCAGCAAAGCAUUAUGCCUGUCAAUAGAAAGUGACACCGCCGGCAACUAGUUGAUAUAAUGAUAAUAACAGUCACUUUUGAUAUAGUGACGCUGUCAGGCCAUGAUACUCCUUGCGCUCAUACAUUAUAACCCUGGUCCUAGGUGGCCGUCAAAUAUGUCCCACUUUGGCAUAUCGGGUGCCAAUGUACACCUGGGUGGAGAGUGGCAAAUGUUGAAUAAUGCCUUGUCAAGGAUGUUAGUGCAUUAGACAGUUAUGUAGUCCAUGUACCAAGUAUAUGUGUAUUAUUCAGUAGACUUGCAGUUGCACCAUGUGAGAGAGGGAGGGGAGGGGGAGGAUUGGGGAGACCUGGAUUGUGUAUUGUAGACUUUUACCACUUUGUUCAUUCAUUCAGAUUAAUUUUAUUGGUCCAUUUUGAAAUUCAGUUGUUGCCAUUACAUAAAGCAUAUGAACAAUAUACAAUAGAAGGUGAUUUGCAUGCAAUGUAUGAAAUACCACUCAACUUUCACAAAGUGAGUUAUGAGUUAAAGUAUGUAAUUGUUCAAAUUAUCUUAUGGAAAUGUCACUGUAUUUGUCAAUGUCAUUGCACAUGUUCAAUAAAAAAUAUAAUUAAGUAGAAUCUAAAUCAAUUUGUGAAUUUGUUACCAGAAAUGACCCAGAUGUUAAUACCCACAUUGCUCCAGACAUCUUGUCUAUAAACUUGAUAGAACUCAACAUGAUAGUCAAGAACUAGCUUUGUCUGGUAAGGGUGUAUGAAUAUAGGCCUGAGUUAUCAGUGCAACAUUUUGUCUGACGUCGAUUAUUGUUUGUAAAUUUAGAACUACAUCCAGUUCUAGAUUUUAAAAUCCAUCUGAGGAAAUAUUUUCCUGGAUUUUCUUUACAUCAUUCCAGUGUAGAUGCUGCUACAAGUUUAAGAUACAUGUCUCUUUUGUCAAUGUAACAUGCCUGAGUUAUCAGUGUGAUAUUUAAUUUGAAAUGAAUUAUUGUUUGUACAUGUUUAACUACAUCCACCAGUACUAUAUUAAAUCCAUUUGAGGAAAUAGUUUUCUGGAAUUUCUUUACAUCAUUCCAGUGUACAUGUAAAUAUGCUGCUAUAUAUUUUGUACCAUACAUGUGUAUUCUAGUUGUAUUUAGUACUGGAUUUCAAUAAUUUUGAUGGUACAUAUUCCAGUUUAUGAUUAUGCAAUGCUAUGAUACAUGUAUAUUUUGAACUUGUAUAUCUUUGCCAUACUUGCCUUGUAAAUACGUUUUAUAUUUUAGUAAGUUUGCAUUCCUGAUUGGCUUAUAAGAUACAAACAUAAACACUACUUUUAUGAGCAUUCCAUUACCUUGCCUUUUGAUCACCAUCCUCUUCUGAUUGAGUGAUGUCAUUUUCAUAAUCCACUCUGAUUUUCAUAAUAGACAAUGCAAAUCGCUCAGAUCUGUGAGUAUAUUCUGAAUUAUGUAAUGCAAAAGGAUGUUCUAAAUGGGUCUUUCUAUGUAUAUUGGAUGAUCAUGAACUACUUUUUAGUGCCUUAGAUAUUUCAACAUUUUGAUGUACAAAGGAGACGGGCUUUCUAUGUGUAUUAGAUGAUCUUGGAUUGCUAAAUAUAAAGUUUUAGUGCCUUAGAUAUUUCAACAUUUUUAAGUACAAAAGAGACAAAAGAAUGUGCUAGCUAGGUGUAGUUUGAUGAUGUGUGUAUUUUGUAUCCUAUAGCUGAAAUGGUGUCACGCGACACUCGACAUUGGGCUAUACUCUCACGACCGUGCAAUAUAACAACCUUAUUUUGCAUGUUAUAACGCGUGCAAAGCCAAAUUAGACUACGCACAUCUCUUCUAGUUGAGUGCAUAUUGCAUGCAUUUCAUUGUUCAGUGUAACGUUUAUUCACCUCCAAAUUCAGAAUUCCCCUCGUGCCGUUAUAUUUCAUCUUCAGCCUAUGGCCUCUGUAAAAUGUAACAUCACUCAGGAAAUUCUGAAUUUUUCAAUUCAUAUAUGCAAGUGCCUAUGCUAAUUCUAAAGUGGGGGAAGCUUUCCUUCUUAUGUAAAAUACGACUGUAUGCAUGCAUACAAGCAUAUAUUCAUCUUAUUGAAAUGUUCAUUACAUCUGGUUCGGGAUAUAUUUUAUAUAUUUAAUUUAAUCUAUAUAUACUGUAUUGAUAAAUUUAAGCUUGAUAAGAUUCAAAUUUGAGUGCGAAGUUUGAAUAAAUUUGAAAAUCAAAUGAAA